CUACUCAAACUGGCGGAGGGACUGCCAGGCACCUCUGUUUCCUUCUCGACAUCGUCCCUCCUUGGAAAUGCCUCCUCCCCCUACCACCUACCCAAGCUCAAGGCAGAGCAGAUCGCCCGAGUUGAAGGCAUCAUCAAGUAUCGGUUCCAAGACCAUGAGAAUGCAUAUCUAUGGGAAGCUUUGCAAAUGGUUGCACCGUCUCAGCGCUCUGUCACGUCUAUCAACGGGCGUGUUUUCACCGGCAAUAAUCACAAACUUGCCAUCAUAGGCGAUGCUGUGAUGGCUAUUGUGAUCGCCGAGUAUUGGUUCAGCCACAAAUACAGUGUUCUAGGUUUGUCCAUACGAUCAUGUUCACUGUCCAGGUGGCUAAUCCUGAACAAGCCNGACUGGGAUGAUUUACGCAAAACAAAGCUGAGCAACCAGCAUUUCAAUAACGUAGCUCUCAAGAAGGACCUCAUUUCUUGCACAGACUGGAAAGACUGUAACGAAAAGGUGGGAGCAAGUCUUGUCGAGGCACUCAUGGGUGCUAUCUUUCUCGAUUCGGGUCGCAACAUGAAUGCUGUGAGGAACGCCAUGAUCUCUCUCGGAUUUACGGAAGUUCUGGACGAGCCCGACUGUUCCAACAAGCAGCAAGUUCUCAUGAACGAUGCUACUGCCAACCUCGACAUGAUCACGCUCGAACAUGAGAUGGUCGACUCAGAGGAGGACAACUAG